AUGUCAACCAUUGGACACAUGUUUCACUCAUUUCUUCAUUUCAUUUCACGUUUUCAUUGAAUUUAAAGUUUUUGAAAUAAAUUAUUGCAAAUUAUAUUGAAUUCAAAGAAUGGGUCGAAAACGCAAAGAGGAAGAUGUGAGCGAUGAAGACAUCGAUUUCGAGGAUAUCGACGGUGAGGAACCGUUGGAGCAAACUGUGGACUCCGGUCAAGAAGUGGAUGAUUUGGAAGUGGAAGAGACCAACGAUGAGAUAACUGAUGAGAUAACUGAUGCUAAGGACGUGCAGAAGGUGUUGUUCCCGGAGACCAGUGUCUUGUCUCAGAUCAAGAAUAAGUUAAGACGUCGUGAGAUGUAUGUGAAGCUCAAGAAGCAGAAGAAAGAGGCGAAGAAAGAGUCGCGAACUGAGAGACAAAAUAUGGCGAAAGCUAUGGGAGAAAAGGCCACAAAACAGGUGCCCAAGACUAUUGAGUCGAUGCGAGAACCCGACGAAACAAUGGUUGAUCCCGAAGAUGAAGAGGUGAAGAUCGACGAGUCGUUGGACGAGAUGUCCGCGUAUUUUCGCAAAGACGUUGAGCCGAAGAUACUCAUCACAUCCAGUGAUAAUCCGCACACAAAGACCAUUAAGUUCUGUCGAGAACUCAAGCAAAGCAUUCCUAACGCAGAGUUCAGGUUUAGGAACAGAUCCAGUGUUAAAAAGAUGGUUAAGGCAGCCAUCGAUAGGGAUUACUCCGACAUCUUGAUUGUGAACGAGGACUGGAGGAAACCCAACGGUGUACUUCACGUCCAUUUACCCGACGGCCCCACCGCUCACUACAAACUUAGUUCCGUUCGCUUUUGUAAAGAUAUAAAGAAUCGGGCCAAAUAUAGCGCCCACCGACCGGAAGUGAUUCUCAAUAAUUUCAACACAAGACUCGGCCACACAAUCGGCCGAAUGUUUGCCUCAGUAUUUCAUUUCGAUCCUGAAUUCAAAGGCCGACGAGUCGUGACUUUUCACAACCAAAGAGAUUAUAUAUUCUUUCGACAUCACAGAUACGAAUUUAAGAACAACACCAGAGUUGCCAUACAAGAGAUCGGACCCCGAUUUACACUAAAGCUACGGUCUCUACAAAAGGGAACAUUUGACUCGAAAUUUGGUGAAUAUGAAUGGGCUCUUAAGCGUCACGACUCGGGAAUAAACAGAAGACGAUUCGCGUUAUAGUUAUGUUUUAAGAAUUCAUUCAUUCAUUUGGUAUAUCAAUAAACUGUUUAUUUCGUGCAAAUAAUUAUUAAAAUAUAGGAAUAUAUCAAUUAUAACCAAUAAUAAUAUGAAUAAUAAUAAAGUGAUAAUUCAUUCAAUUGUCAUAA